CGUCUCCACCUCCUCGCGUCCGUAAUCAGUGACGAGUCCGCUACGUAAAUCCCUUCGCGGCGGGAUAAAUAAAGAAAACGGGGAAGGAGGAAAGCAUUGAUUACAAAUGCCUUAACAAUGAGCAAAUGUGCAAAGAAAAAAUAUAUUAAGACAAAUCUAAGACAAAUGACCAUGGAAACAGUUGAAUCCCAGCAUGAUGGAAAUGUAACAGCCUCUUUGACAGAGAGCAAGUCUGCUCAUAUGCAGACUCAGACUGGCCAAAAUUCAAUCCCUGCUUUAGCUCAGGUUUCUGUAGCUGGAUCAGGCACCGGAAGAGGCUCUCCAGCUGUAACUCUAGUGCAGUUACCUUCGGGCCAAACUGUACAUGUCCAGGGAGUAAUUCAGACACCACAGCCAUCGGUUAUUCAGUCACCACAAAUACACACUGUUCAGGUAGCAACAAUUGCAGAGACAGAUGAAUCUGCAGAAUCAGAAGGUGUAAUUGAUUCUCAUAAACGUAGAGAAAUCCUUUCACGAAGACCCUCUUACAGAAAAAUACUGAAUGAACUGUCCUCUGAUGUGUCUGGUGUUCCCAAGAUUGAAGAAGAAAAAUCAGAGGAAGAAGGAACACCACCUAACAUUGCUACCAUGGCAGUACCAACUAGCAUAUAUCAGACUAGCACGGGGCAAUACAUUGCUAUAGCCCAAGGUGGAACAAUCCAGAUCUCUAACCCAGGAUCUGAUGGUGUUCAGGGACUGCAGGCAUUAACAAUGACAAAUCCAGGAGCUCCUCCACCAGGAGCUACGAUUGUACAGUAUGCAGCACAAUCAGCUGAUGGCACACAGCAGUUCUUUGUCCCAGGCAGCCAGGUGGUUGUUCAAGAUGAGGAAACUGAACUUGCCCCAAGUCACAUGGCUGCCGCCACUGGUGACAUGCCAACUUACCAGAUCCGAGCUCCUGCUACUGGUUUGCCACAGGGAGUGGUGAUGGCCGCGUCGCCCGGAAGUUUGCACAGUCCCCAGCAGCUGGCAGAAGAAGCAACACGCAAGCGAGAGCUGAGGCUGAUGAAGAACAGGGAAGCUGCCAAAGAAUGUCGACGCCGAAAGAAAGAAUACGUAAAAUGUCUGGAGAGCCGAGUCGCAGUGCUGGAAGUCCAGAACAAGAAGCUUAUAGAGGAACUUGAAACCUUGAAAGACAUUUGUUCUCCCAAAACAGAUUAGUAGAAAUAUUUAACUAUGAACUGAGGACAGCAUGUACAGUUGCUUUUGAAGGAAUACAAUAUAUAGCUGGCAAGAAUGGUGGCUUUUUUUUCUUUGUAUCAUUCAUCUUCUCGAAUCUCUUAACAUUCCUAAAAUGGUUCACUGUACGUAGUUAAGUCAUAGCUCUAACUUCAAAUUUUUUAAAAGAGACAAACUGUAAAAAAUGUAUGUAGCAGAUUCUUAGAAUGCAAUAUUUGUAAGACUUGUUCCAGGCCACAUACGUGCAGUUCCCAUUUUCUCUGUCUUGAAUAGCGUCCUAUGCAAUAAAAUUAUUUGCAGGUCUUUAAAUCAUUUUAGGAAAGAAUGAUCAAAAAUAAUGCAUCCAGCAGUACAAUAAAAGGAAACCACAAAAAAUACCUCAGGAAAUAAUCGAAAGAAAGUCUAUCUAAUGACAUGCCUAUAUGAGAAGAAUAGUCUAGAUACGAAUUUAUGGCAUUUGCAGAUUUUUAUAUUAGUUGCUUUGUAAAAAAAAAAAAAAAAAAAAAAAAAAAAAAAAAAAAGAUUGUAUUCUGUCCUUGAAUGCCACAGUCAAAGAGAGUUUUUAAUAGAACCAUGUUGGUUGCAUUUUGUAGUGUUUGGUGCUCAUUUAAAUAUCUGAACAUUUACUACAGUUUUUAACUGUAUUGUGUAAUAUAAAAGGUCUUGCAGAAGUUCUUAGUGUUGGUUUAAUAUUGCCUCAUGAAAGUGAUGACCUGUUUUUAAUAUCUGGAAUGAGUCAAGAGCCUGUUGGGAUCGCAUUGCAUACCUUCAGGGACUCAAGUCAGUUUCCACACGGGCUGCUGAUCCUCCUGCCGUCUCAUGGCCGGGAUGGCCGCAGAGUUGUGCACCCAGAAGGAAAGAGCGACUGUUAGCGGUUCGCCUUCGUGAUACCUGAGACUUUCUUUCUGUAGGUGGUCUGGAGUGUCUGGCUGGUGGCGCCCUAUUUUGCGGUUUAGCAAACAACCACAGGAAUUUUAAAAACAAAAAAACUCCCUGGAUUUUAUUUUUUAUUUCAAAAUGCCUCAAAGUCCACAGUAGAUCAGAUAGCCUGCUGUCAGCACAUUCAGCUGAGGUUCAUUACAAUCAAGACUGCGAUGCGAUCUACGUUCUGUCUUGUUUUUCUAAUGAAAAGCUUCAGGGAAGAAGCCCAAAGCCCUCAGCACA